AUGACCACAAACACAUCGCCUCAUCUAACACCACCUCCUUCGUCGCUGGGUCAUAUGAAUAGUGAAAGAGUUGGUGACGAAAUAUCCCCAACGCCCAGUCCUCCAAUACACAGGAAUCCUCCGUCUCCCAGGACGCAAUCUAAAUCUAUAUUAACCGUUGCACUUCAAAAAGCUCAAACUGCAGUGCAAUUUGACGCUGCAAAUAAUGUAGUAGCCGCAUUAGAUGCCUAUAAACAAACUGUUGAACUUUUAUCGCAAGUUAUAGUCAAAUCUGCAAACGAGGCUGAUCGACGAAGAUUGCAAUUAAUUCACGACACUUAUGCUGAUCGGAUACGAUUGUUAUCGACCAUAGCCCCUGAAUCUGAUAGUACAUCUUCAAAUGAUACUAGUGGUACAGAACAGGACCCGGAAUUAAGUGAAUGUGAGACCAAUGAUAAAUUCUUGACAUCAGAACAAUCGAUGGAACGGAAAAAAGUUACAGAAUCCGGUGCUGCUACAACAAUGAAAGAUGAUCAUAGAGCAGAGCUCGAUGUACAAGGUUCUACAAAUGACAGUGAUAAUGAUUUAACUGAUGUGAAUUCAAACCAAUUUAGUAAAGGUGAACCUUUAAAUUUGAAUAAAAACCUUCUAAUCCAUCAGAAUAAUGAUGCGGAAAAAAUAAAACAAACCGAAAAUGUUGAACCAACGAAAGUCAAUGGAAGUAUGACCAAUGUAAUAGAUCACAUUAGCACUGAAGAUAGUUUAACAAGUAAAAGAGAUGAUCACACGGAAUCCACAAAAUCAAAUAGGUUAUCGAUUCUUUCACACAAAUCAAAUAAUUCCACAUCAACAGAAAAAUCUUAUACAAGCAAAACACCCACAUCAAUAUAUAAUGGAAUAAAAUCUAUGGUUGAUAGUAAUGAUACUGCAGAAUAUGCAGUGAGCUUGGACGGCUCAGAUUCCAAUACUGAUUCUGGCGAAAAUUCUGACGAGAAAUUAGAGGAAAAAGGAAAGCAGAUGUCAAAUUCGAAUAAGGAUUCACCUGUUUUGUCAUCAUCGUCAUCUCAACUUGAAGUAGAAACAUCUCUGAAAAACACGACAGAAAGACGCACUCUCAACUCUGGUCAUUCUCGUGUUUUUGUACCCCCACCCCCACCUAAAAUUGCCCCUCCUAACAAUAAUUCACAUUCACAUUCAUAUUCUGAUGGAACCGUUGACCUUUUACCACCACAACAUCUAGAUCAACCAUCUCUAGAAAGAUCCACGUUACCUUCUAUUGUACCACCGGUUUCAACAUCUGAGACAACAACUGCUUUAUUAUCAAGGUCAACUCCUCCAGAUGAAGAUGAUGACGACAAAGCUUCUGUUAAAUCUGCACCUCUGGAAUCAAUUGUACCGGCCCCAGAACCUCAGCCAUCAGCUCCACAAAAUCGACGUCCUGCUCCCCUUCCGCUAGCCCAGAAAAAUAUUUACAAUUCUCGUAAUAUACCACACACCCCUUCUCCCUCAAAUACUAAUUUGACAGGUGCCGUUACGCCUUCUUCCCAUCAUUCGCAUUCUCCGGGUUUUCCAAAAAGAUCUGCAUCCAACCCUGGAAGUAGUUCUAGAAAAAGUACCGUCCGUUUCUUUAACCAGACACUAUCAACAACAGGACAUCAGUCCCUGUAUCAAAUCCCUGGGACUCCGACUUCCCCAUGGACGAGUAAUUUGGGUUCCGUACCACCUCCAUUAGGUAGCCCAGGAUUUGGUCCUCCAACUAGCGGAUUCCGUAAUGAUCAAUCGAUUUCUCCUUCUAAACCAACUCAUUCUGGAUAUAUAUCCUGCUUGAUGAACCCCUUUCCCAAUACAUAUGAUGAAGAUAUGGGUCUUCCUACAAAAUCAAAUCCUGCGUUACCUGAACCACCGCCAAGCGACGUGCAUUUGAGACCUUUUUGGUUAAUGCGUCUGUUAGAACGCACAAUGACUACCGGAGGGUAUCUAACCCCAAAGUUAUAUAUUCCUUGUAAUCUCUGGCAGCAAGGUCAUAAAAAAUUAACUGCUAUAGAUACAAAAACUUCAAGCUGCGAUGUUGUUUUAAGUUGCCUAAUAAAGUUGUCGAGGACCUCUGUUGAUGACAUGGGUGUCCUUGCAAAGGAAUUAGAAGGUAUCGAGCCCAUUCUAGAAGGUCUUCAAAAUUCGCUUGCGAGAAAAUUAAGUUACGUUGAAUCUACUCACGGUAAAGGUCGACAAAGUACAAGUUCACUUAUGAAUUGGGGAUCUAAAUUGUCGCGAAGUCUUGAUAGAAUGGGCAUGAGUAAUGCCAUGGUCCGCAAUGAGGAAGCCAAUGGUUAUAUAGAUGUACUUCUUAAAGUUUUUCAGAAUGCUGAUAUUGUUGAAAAAUAUAUUCUAUAUUUUAGCUCGUUGAAGCCACCACACCAUCAUCAUUAUGCGCCUAUUUUAACUCGGCUGUUCAAAAUUGCCGACUACUUUGCAAACGUUCUUUGUUUAUUUGUCGUACGAGACUUGGGUGUAUUAGCGGAUAA